AGUAUGCAUUAUUCCCACAGCCAUCUCCGAGAGGGAGAGGGAGUGACGGGCUGCGAUCGGGAUUCAAAAGACGGACGGGAAAGCCCGUUUUAACGAGAAAUACAAAAUGACAUCCAGCGAGUCAAAAUGCUGAAGUUAUCCUUAAUUAGCUAUCGUUUCCUAGUUAGAGUAGCUCGGCUGGGUAGCUGCGCGCGGAGGCAGCUAGCGAGCACCCGCGACUGCCACAGUCGACCGAGACUACGCACGUUGCACUCCCAUUUAUUUAACGUGACCCUCCGCGAGACGAAACCGUUUGCUCGCCGCUAAUAAAGAAGAGAAGGAAGAAAAAAAACACACACGCAGUCGUGACAGCAGCGAUUCGGUUAGCAUUCCGUUAGCUUGGCGGCGGCUAACCGCCCCCGGUUACGCGACGUGACGUUAAGGGCAGUUCAAUCCGUACCGUGGGUCGAGCAGUGCCGCGUCACAGCACUUGAUUGGGGGGGUUUAAUAAUGUUUUAUUACGGAGGGACACAUGCUCCCGAGUCACAGCUGUAAGCUAACGCCGUAGCUAGCUUACCCCUCCUCUAAAUGCUAUACUCCAAAAUAUCAAGCGCCAACGCCGAGAUGAAAUGAGAGAGCAUUAAAACAAAAAAAAGUUUAAUAUUUACACAGCUAUGACUGCAACUGUCUAGUUUGAUAUGUUAUUAUGUCUCAGUGGUAAUCUGUGAAGUAUUAUAAUACCUCACAGUCCUGUACUAUAACAAGUAUAUAUACUUUUGUGUAUCUGGGUUUGUUUUUAAAUGUUAAAGCAUGUGUAUUUUAAGGGGUAUGAUCACCAUAACAUCAUGAUCUAGCAUCUUAUUGUCCUUGUACGAUACUUUUCUAUACCUUUUUGUAUGUACCCCAAAAACUAUCCCCUAAUUUGUUUAAUGUUAUAAUAGUCUCUGCUGCUUACUGUUCUAGAGCUGCAGUAAUGCUGUCCUUUAUACCUAUAAAAGCUUUUCUUUUACCCACCAUAAAACUAAUUAUUACUGCUCUAUUUGCAUUUUUUUUUUUUUUACCAUGUACACUUAAAGAUACUAUGAGUUUAGUGUGUAUAGUACUAUUUAUUUUCAGGGACAAUUCACAUUGAUCAACAUCACUGUAAAAGUGCCAGUGUUGGUAGUGUAUGUUUCAAAUGUUGUGUGUAAACAAUAAAAGAUAGAUGUUAAAUUAGAACAGGUAAAACCAAGACAUGGAGGAUAUUAAAAGCUCAGGGAACUACGGCAAGGUGUCAUGUAAAGUACAAUGCAGACAUUUAAUACAAAACAAUUUAAAGCAGACAACAUAAAAUCGUGUGACAUUACAGACGAAGGUAAAACAAAACAAGCAAACCAACAGAAAGCAACAUGAGAACAAACAGGAAAAGCAACGAUAGCAGCAGCUGAAGCAUGCUCUUGGCCCAGAUCAACCGGGACUCCCAGGGAAUGGCAGAGUUUCACGAUGCGGACGGGCAGCCGGUGACGCUCUGUCUGACGGAGGCUGUGACGGUGGGAGACGGAGAUCAGAUGGAGAGCAUGGACACCGUGAGCCUGCAGGCCGUCACUCUCGCGGACGGAUCCACCGCGUACAUCCAGCACGACUCCAAGUCGUCCUUUUCGGACGGGCAGAUCAUGGACGGCCAGGUGAUCCAGCUGGAGGACGGCUCCGCUGCCUACGUUCAGCAUGUGUCGAUGCCCAAAGGAGGGGACAGUUUACAGCUUGAAGAUGGACAAGCAGUUCAGCUAGAAGACGGAACAACAGCCUACAUCCACACGCCCAAAGAUGCAUAUGAACAGAGCGGCCUGCAGGAGGUGCAGCUGGAGGACGGCAGCACCGCCUACAUCCAGCACACCGUGCACAUGCCCCAGUCCAACACCAUCCUGGCCAUCCAGGCCGACGGCACCAUCGCAGACCUGCAGGCCGAGGCCACGGCCAUCGACCCCGAGACCAUCAGCGUGCUGGAGCAGUACACCACCAAGGUGGAGAACAUCGAAAACCCGCUGGGGUCCUUCGGCAGAGUGGAAGCAGACAACGGCGUCCACAUGCGGAUUGUGCUGCAGGGUCAAGACAACCGGUCAGGGAGGGGCUCAAACGUCGGGGAGAAGUCUUUCCGCUGUGAAUACGAGGGCUGUGGAAAACUCUACACCACCGCCCACCACCUCAAGGUACACGAGCGCUCACACACUGGAGACAAACCGUACGUCUGUGACUAUCCGGGCUGUGGGAAGAAGUUUGCAACAGGGUACGGACUGAAGAGUCACUCACGCACGCACACGGGGGAGAAGCCAUAUCGAUGUCAAGAACUGAACUGCUGCAAGUCCUUUAAAACAUCUGGAGACCUUCAAAAGCACACAAGGACCCACACAGGAGAGAAGCCUUUUAAAUGUCCGGUGGACGGCUGCGGCAGGUCGUUCACCACCUCCAACAUCCGCAAAGUGCACAUCCGAACGCACACCGGGGAGCGGCCUUACUACUGCUCUGAGCCGAGCUGCGGACGGUCAUUCGCCAGUGCCACCAACUACAAGAACCAUAUGAGGAUACACACUGGAGAGAAGCCUUAUGUCUGCACAGUGCCUGGCUGUGAAAAGCGCUUCACAGAAUACUCCAGCCUUUACAAACACCACGUAGUUCACACACCCUGCAAACCUUACAACUGCAACCACUGUGGGAAAACCUACAAGCAGAUCUCGACGCUCGCCAUGCACAAGCGCACCGCGCACAAUGACACGGAGCCCAUCGAGGAGGAGCAGGAGGCCUACUUUGAACCCCCAACAGACGCCAUCGACGACCCCAACGUCAGCUACACGACGGCGAUCGUGGGUGCGGACGACUCCGGCUCGGAGCAGGUUCCCGUGGAGGGCUCGGAAAUGAUUUGUCAUCAGCACGUUGCCUUGGUAACGCAGGAGGACGGGUCGCAGCAGCAGGUCAGCAUCUCCGACGCCGACUUGCAGGCCAUGGGUGGCACAAUCACCAUGGUAACCCAAGAAGGCACAACCAUCACCAUCCCGGCGCACGAGCUGACGACGCAAGGCGCUCACACGGUUACCAUGGUGACAACAGACGGAUCAGAUGAACAGGUGGCCAUCAUGACGCCGGACAUGGCCGCGUUCCAAACCGUGGAGGAGGCGGGCUACAGCCAAGAGCAGGAUGACAUUCAUCCUGUCACAUUACUGGCCACCUCCAACGGCACUCACAUUGCUGUGCAGCUCAGCGAUCAGCCGUCUCUAGAAGAAGCCAUCAGAAUAGCAUCAAGAAUACAGCAAGGAGAGUCUCCGGGCCUGGAUGAUUGAUGGACUCAUUAUGGACUGCGAUUUAGGAUUUUUUUUUUUUUUUUUAAACAACAAAAAAAAAACAUCUCAAUUGGACGAUAUCAACGAGAGAAAUCACAAGUCUUCCUCCCAUGUUUUUUUUCCACUAAAGAACUUAGCUUUUAUGUGUACAUAGGAUUUUGAUAACUGGAGUUCUGCUAUGAAAUUUUGUUCCCCGAACCAGAAAAGGUGAGAGAGGGGAACACUUUCUUAUGUUUAUGGUGCACAGUGCACAGGGCAGUGUACAGCUAAUGCUAUUUCUAAUAAAUACAUUAAAAAGUGU